AAUGGAUAAAAAGCAAGGCACCCUUGGCCAUUAACCAGCACAGGAGCUGAGAAAUCAGGAUACAGGAGCUGAUCCCCCAAAAGUUCUCUCACAAGCAAGGGAAGACCACAAGCUCCUCUUGGUCACUUGGUUGAACACUCAAAAUCAGACUGAUGAAGCCAUCUGUAUCCUGAACAAGCUUUGUCAUCUUUAAAAAAAAAAAAAAAAAAAAAAAAAGGAAGAAGAAAAAAUAAAAAGCAAAAGAGCAAAUGCUUCUCUCCAAGCAGGAUUAAUAUCCAGUGACUGAAUAAACUGAGAUCCUUCAGAACUCUCUUCCACAGUACGAAGGGGGAAAUGAGUGAUCUCUACAACUUUACCAAUGGAACUGGAAAUAACAGUCUCUGUACCAGAGAUUACAAAAUCACCCAAGUUCUUUUUCCUCUGCUCUACACGGUCUUGUUUGUUGUCGGAAUCAUCAUGAACAGUCUAGCUAUGGGAAUUUUCUUCCAAAUCCCCAGCAAAUCCAACUUCAUCAUCUUCCUCAAGAACACCGUCAUAUCUGACCUGCUCAUGAUACUGACUUUCCCUUUCAAAAUCCUCAGCGAUGCAAAGCUGGGAGCAGGGCCACUGAGGGCAUUUGUGUGCCAGGUCACCUCUGUCAUCUUCUACUUCACGAUGUAUAUCAGCAUCUCUUUCCUUGGUCUGAUCACCAUCGACCGUUACCAGAAAACUACCCGGCCAUUUAAAACAUCCAACCUCAGCAACCUACUUGGCGCCAAGAUUCUGUCCGCUGUGAUUUGGAUAUUCAUGUUCUUCCUGUCCUUGCCAAACAUGAUCUUAACCAACAAGAAACCAAUGCACUUGAAUGUGAAGAAAUGUGCUUUCCUGAAGUCAGAGUUUGGCCUAGUAUGGCAUGAAAUUGUCAACUACAUCUGCCAAGUCAUUUUCUGGAUCAAUUUGCUUAUCAUAAUUGUAUGCUACACACUGAUCACAAAAGAGCUCUAUCGAUCCUAUGUAAGGACCAGGGGGGUAGGGAAAGCACCUAAGAAAAAGGUAAAUGUCAAAGUGUUUAUUGUCAUCGCUGUGUUUUUCAUUUGUUUUGUGCCCUUUCAUUUUGCCAGAAUUCCCUACACCCUCAGCCAAACAAGAGAUGUUUUUGACUGUACUGCUGAGAAUACCUUAUUUUAUGUAAAAGAGAGCACACUGUGGCUGACUUCCUUAAAUGCAUGCUUAGAUCCAUUCAUAUAUUUUUAUCUCUGUAAAUCCUUUAGGAAUUCCUUGAUGGGCAUGUUGAAACACAGAAAUGCUCCUACAAUGUUCUCACCCCAGGAAAUCAGAAACAAAGGGCAAAAUGAUAGCAGCCCAUCAGAAGAGAUCCCAUUAUAGAAUAAAGAGGCAUUGAAAAAAACAUUCCCAUUACUCUUGGUUGAAGAAAGCACUAUAUAAAUAAAAGUAUUACAGCUUACUGAGAAGUGAGCUGAUGGCCAAACUUACUGAAACAAAGAAGUGUUUAGAAAAAGCCAACAAAAUAUUUUAUUAAGCUUCAGCUAUGACCUCUUUCAGUAUUCUAUACUAUUGUUAAUAUAUAGGAAAGUUACCUAAUGAAAAGGUAUGUAACACACUACCAUAUAACAAAGUCAUAGAGUAUAGGAGACAGUUUUUCCAAGAUUAUAUAGAGAAUUAGCUAGAGUAUCUGCUACCUACUAAGAUUUUUUAUUGAUAAGGUUCCUUUAUUAACAGAAAAGGAAUGCUCCACCUUCGAAACAAUAAUUAUUACUUAACAAAACUUACAUAUGCUAAGGUAUUAAUUCCUAACUCAAUAACUGACCUAAAUGUUUAAGUACUUUUGUUGUUGUAAAUGAGCAACAAAGGUCAGAGUACAUAUCCUGUUACUGAACUAUGAACAUCAUUAACCUGACUGGUGUAGCAAAAUGAAAAUGAAUUUUAUUUUAUCUUUAUAAAUCAACAUUAAGUAAAUGUCUAAAUUUCUAUAGAAUGUAUCCUUCACUUAAUGGGAGCAUAGAAAAGGAAAGCAGGUGUUUCAAGUACAUUGACAUUCAGUCAUUAAAACAAUUCAGGAAAGUACAAAGUACUCUGAAACUGAAAAUGUUUAGCUUAUAAUUCUGACUGUAUUUAUGGGAUAAAAUACUGUUAAUGAUGCUUAGGGAAAAUGACUCAUUUCCAGGAAAUGUUCGAUUUAGUGGAUAUUUUUCCAUCUAAUGUGGCUAUGCGGAAGCACCAAGCCACCAUAAAGAAUGUUAACUGUUUAAUGAUAAUUGUCAUCAUUAGCUCCUUAUUUACAUACUAUUAUGCAAAGUAACUCACAGGUAGAGCAGGCUUAACUGCAAAUGAUAAAAUAGUAGUUAAAAUUACACAUGAAUUUGUUCUACAAUUUUUUCUAAUUUCAAAAACAUUUCGUUUAAAUACAUAUGGGUACACUAAAGUGCUCCUUUCCAAGAGCACUUUCAUCAAGGCAUGGGGAUGAUGUGGAAGAAUCAAAUAAUAAUCCCAUGGGGACACAAUCUCUGGCAGAUUUUACAAGAAGAUGGAAAAGAUCUUCUAAGAGCCUGUUGUCUCUGCUGCAAAGACCAAUCCAGCUGAGCUCAAAGAAGGUCAAAAAUUGUGAUGUGAUUUUUUUUUUGAGAAUAGUAACUAAGGAAGAGAGGUAGAAAGUCUCCUAGGUGGACACUGCCGAGGUGGAGGGGAUGCCCGUACAGCUGAAACCUCAGAUCUUUGAAUGUGUCUCUACAUUUAUCUUACUGGUUGUUUCACCAUAAUGUAUAAUCCUUAAAGACUGUUUAAAAACAUAAAUAUGAUUGGGUAACUUCUGAAAAUGAUAUUUUCAAAAAAUUCAACUCAAUAAACAUUUGUUUAUUAAGUACUAAAUAUGGAAAAACCAAAUCAGUUUACUAGACUAAUACAACAAUGGGUUAUCUUUCCUGUUUUAACUUUGGUACAAGUGCCAAUAUGGCACCAUUUAUGUCACCUUUUAUACUUUCCAGAUGCUCUUGAGAUUUCAAUUCUGAAAUCUAAAUUAGGAUUUUAUAUGGCUAAUAAUCUGGGAAGGAAAGGGCCUGAUAAAAUAUCAGUCAACCCAAAUAAUUAUAAUAAUUUCAUAGUAAAUCAAAAUGUACAAACCAUACCAUGAAAAAUCAUUUUGAAUGACUUUUCUUAUGAAAGAAAAAAAAGCUUUGAUUAAAAAUAAAACAAUACAGAUAUAUGGAGUUUUCUAGACACAUAACUAUUAAGUGGGGGAAGGAUCAAGUAAAAAAUCUAGGUGGUGUCAGAAUAAAAGAUAUUAAGAAAAAUACAAGUUUAAUUAAAAAUGGUCAAAGGGAAAUUCAGAGAUAAGAUUAUCUUUUAUUUCUUGUAAGAACUGAAAAAUAUUUUAUUUACAAGCCAGGUAUGUAACAGGAUUGAUUUACAUUAAACUGUUAAUCACU